UGAAGCUCGUCCCCCUCAAUCCAGUGUUUCCACCCUCGGUUCUUCUUUUUUCCUUUCUGAACACACACCAGCUUUUCAUUGUCCCAGGUCACCACAGUCUGGUGGAAAAUGGAAAACAGAGAACUACAGAGCUGCUUCAGCUGAACACGUCCGGACGUCAGGAAUAGAGUUCCAGCACACGUCUGCCUGCGUGUCCUAACAUCCAUGUUCCUCUACAUGCUAGUCUUCAUGGCUUAUCAUGGCAGCAGAUGGAUACCAAGGAGUAAGAGGUUAAGAUUUCAAAUACUGAAUGCAGGGUUCACAGCUAUUGUUCUGGCUCCUCAGCUCUACGUCUUGGCAAGGCCCAAAUCCUCCCGAUACUGCAGGCAGCCUCUUCUGAACAACCUGUCGGCCUCCGUCGCCUUGUCCUUCAUAGCUUCAGGUUUUUCAGUGGUCUUCACGUUGUUGGACCCAGUUCCUCAGAGCUUGUGGGCGUCCUAUCAUGUGUUUGGGCUGGUGUCAUGUGGACAAGGACUGUGCACUAUCAUCCUGACUCUGACAGCCACAGCAUGUGCCAAGACGACCCCAGAGCUGUACUACAUGUCUCUCGUUCUGACGGUUGCCUCCAUUUUCAGCACAGGUUUUUUCACGGUGAGAGGAGGACGCUGGCUGAGUGACAGGCAGCCCGUGACGGACCCGGUCACAAACACUGGGCGGUCAUCCGCUCCAGCUGUCCCACGAUGACAUCCGACACCGCUCAUAUAAAAAUUUCAUGGGGUUUCCAUGCCAACAGAACUGGUAACUUUAAACCAUGGGAACAAAAACUAGAAAAGCAAAAGCGACUUAAUUCACCUCAGAAAGUAACAGGGAAGCAGAUGUCCGGCCUAUCAGAGAGGUUUUGCAUUUAUUUGUUGAUGGUGUAACUGUUCAUAGGAAGCAAAUAAAUACACGAUCUACACAGCAGAUUCUGUUUAUAUUUCUCAAUACAUAAUUGCACAUACAAAAAUACAGAUUUGAAUAUAUAUAUAUACAGCACCAAUAGAAAGGAAAAUAAAGGGAAAUUGUUUAUAUUGAUGAAGAUAACAGGUUGUCAUAUAUGAUAAAAUGCAGAUGUUGUAUCAAAACAUGACCCUUGUUAUCUGAGCGGUCUUAUCCAAAAGGAAACUUGGAUAAUUGCUCUGGCGACAACAAACAUCUGUAUAACAAUAAACUGGAAAAUCCCA